AGAUGUGGAUUUCAAGACGAAAUGAUGCUUUCUUAUUUCUAAGAGUUUAUCAAUAGAAUAUUAUAGAUGCCAGAAACUCUUAUUAAACUGAAACUUCCAUACGAGAAUUUGUCCAGUGCCUGUGAUCCUCUGAGCUGAAGGAGAAUGAUUGUGCUCCAUAAUACCUACCAGUAUCUUGCUGUUAGAUGGAAGCUCAUGAAUAUUAUGCAAAGUGAUUUGAAAAAUUAUUUAUAAAUAUAUUUUUUUUUCAAUGUAUUGUUGUAACUCUAUUCCCGCACUGAGAUAUAUGGUGCGCACUAGACACUGUUCCACACGAGCGUGGAACAAGAGAAAGGAGGAAAUGGAGACAUGAUAGUAAAUGCCGGCUUAUUUCAUUGAAUCAAACUAGAUCUAGAACAAAUUGACAAUCUGUAGUUUGUGUGUGUUAUUUAUUUAAUCAUUAAAUCCUUAUCUAUGUUAUCAUUAACCUGCUGAGUGUUUUCCUGGAAAUUUAUAGCAAUUGGUGUCAGAAGUGGGAUCUAUAAUGGCUACCACGACAACGCUAGACAAACUCCUUAUUAAGGAACUGAAGCGGGAACUCCGUGACCGAAGUCUGAAGACUAUUGAAAAUAAGGAAACCGUACAGGCAGAAGCAGAUCCGGACACCUAUCUUUUUGAAGUUGAACCAGAUAUGGAAUUUAUGCAACAACAGAUGGCAGCUGUGCUCGAAAAUAUUGGUUCUAUGCGAGAACAGUUAAACUCAGGGCUAAGAAACACCAUUGACAAGCUAGAUGUCGUGGACACCAAGAUAGAUAUCAUGGAAUCAGGAAUCAAAACCGAGUUAUUGGCUAUGAAUCAACGCGUGCAAGCUGUGGAGGAGAGAAUCACCAACGUGGACAAACAGAUGAAGCAGAGGGUGGACGCCGAUGAAAUGAAGAUACAAGCUCAAUGCAUGCACAGAAAUGUACCAGAUGCUGAUAUGACGUCAUUUGUACCAGAAGUCUCCAAGAAAAUGAAGGCCCCCGUAUUUGAUGGUUCCUUGUCCUGGUCCAUGUAUAAGAAACAAUUUGACGCAGCGGCCAAAGUUAACAAAUGGAACAGUGAGGAAGAGAAAGCCACCUCCCUUGUGUUAUCUCUAAGAGGAAAAGCCUCUGAAUUGCUUCAGUCUCUACCGAACCAGCAGGAUUUUGCCGCUCUUGUCCAAGCUAUGGAACUUCGAUAAAGGGAUGAACAUUUGCAAGAAGUCUAUCGAGUGCAACUGAAAACCCAACAACAGUGCCCCGAUGAAACACUACAGGAGCUAGAGACAGACAUCAAACGCCUCGCACAUUUGGCCUACCCAACCGCAGCACAAGAUUUCUUGGAGGUCAUCAUCACAGACGCUUUCAUUGAUGCGCUUCGAGACCCUGAGUUGAAGAAAGCCACAAGAGUUAGUGGUAAACGCAGGGCAAGUGAAGCCCUUGCUUACGCUCUGUCACACGAGGCUGCCAAAGGCGCAUCUGGGGGCACUCACCAGGGUCGAAGGCUGGACGUCAAGGAGGAAGAAUUCACACAACUUGUCAGAAGGGUGACAGAGGCACUGGACGAAAGGCGAACAACCCGGAUACCAGAAAAUCAACCCAGGGCCCCUGUACGAUGUUGGAAUUGUGGUGAACUUGGCCAUAUUCAAAGAAGCUGCACUGGAAGAUCUCGACAAACCGGAACCCAUCACAGAUCAGAAAUGAAUGCACGAACUGGUUCCAGAGGCUACCAGGGAAACUAGCACGUGCCGGCUUCAAGAGGCGGAAUCCGGCGACACAGAGAAUGAGUGCCCCCGCAACCGUCAUCCCAGCAACCGUCAUCCCAGUAGCCAUGCUGGGGCAGAAUAAGAGUUUAAAGGUAGAAGGCAAAAUCAGUGCUGAAAAUUAUCAUUUUCUGCUAGACACUGGUGCUUCUCGAUCAGUCAUUGGGCCGGAGGUCGUGAACAAAAACAUUAUAACCAAUGUGAACUCAUAUUCCUUAAAAACCGCCAGUGGUGAGUUGAUGCCUAUACAAGGAAUGACUAGUGUUCAAUUCGAGCUCGGGAAUCAGAUAUUCAUUCAUGAAUUCCUGAUCGCCAAUAUAACCGAUGACUGCAUUAUAGGACUCGACUUUAUGCAGAAAUUCGGGUUUUCUAUUGACAUUGGCGGAGGAGCUUUGAUAUGUGGGAACUAGAGAUUCCUUUACUAAAUGAUGAGGAUAAGGAAGAGAAUGAUCGAAUCAGAAAAAUCAUGUUGACAGAAGAUAAGAGCUUGCCUGCACAGUCUGAAUUGAUUAUUUGGGGAAAAUUGGAGCCUGGUCAUACAAAAACUAGAACGGCACUGGUCGAGGACAAGGAAGAUAACUACAGUGAAUUUGCCGUAGGUAAUACGUUGGUCAUGAUCGAUAGAGAUCAGAAAGUACCUGUUAGAGUUAUGAACCUUAGCUUGGGUGAAAAAAAACUAAGAAAAGACAGCAUCAUAGCUGUUUUUUAUAGGGUCAACCUGAUACAAAAUUGCAGCGAUGAUAACCUUAUCAGGGACAGCACUGCAUCAGCCCCCCGCAUAUUAAAGGGCUCUUGGGGAAGAUUUAGACAAAUUUAUCGGAUGAACAAUAUGCCAGUGUCGAAAAAUUGAUUUGUGAGUUAAGUGAUAUUUUUCCGACUGAUGAGACAGAUUGCGGGUGGACGAAUAUGGUUCAACAUCGUAUCGACACAGGAAGCACCAGACCAAUUCGACAUCCACCACGUCGUCUUCCACUGGCAAAACAACAAGAAGCCAUGGACAUGAUAGAAUGCAUGAGACAACAGGGAGUCAUUGAGCCCUCAAAUAGUCCUUGGUGCUCACCUAUAGUCUUAGUGAAAAAAAAAAGACGGUUCUAUGCGAUUCUGUGUAGAUUAUAGAUCGUUGAACGAGGUCACCCAUAAGGACAGUUAUCCUCUAUUUAGAAUCGACGACACCUUUGAUACACUUACAGGAGCACAGAUAUUCUCUACUCUCGAUUUAAAAAGCGGGUAUUGGCAAGUUGGAAUGCAUCCCGAAGAUAGAGAGAAAACGGCGUACUCUGCAGGAAAUGGUUUCUGGCAAUUUACUGUAAUGCCUUCUGGGCUCUGCAAUGCUCCGGCAACCUUUGAGCGACUGAUGGAGCGUGUCUUACGAGGACUUAACUGGAACAUCUGCCUUGUCUAUCCGGAUGACAUUAUCAUCUUAGGUAGGACGUUUGAAGAACAUCUUGCAAAUUUGAAGGUGUUUCAAAGGAUAUGAGUCGCUAGGGUGAAACUCAACCCAAAGAAGUGCUCUUUGUUUGGAAGGAGUGUAAAAUAUCUUGGGCACAUCGUGUCAGGAGACGGAGUUAGCACUGAUCCCGACAAGGUCGAGGCAGUAAGGCAAUGGCCUACCCCAACGAAUAUUCAUGAAUUGAGAAGCUUUCUGGGGUUUUGUACAUAUUACAGACGUUUUGUGUCUAAUUUCUCCAACAUGUGUAGGGCUUUUCAUUUACUGACAGAACAAAAGAAGCAAUUUAUUUGGACGACCGAAUGUCAACAGGCAUUUGAAAGGCUGAAAAACACACUUGCCUCAUCUUCCAUAUUGGCCUACCCUAUACUAGGCAAGGACAUUCAUACUGGACACAGAUGCGAGUGGUACCGGAAUAGGCGCUGUCUUGUCCCAAAAGUGGAUGAAACUGAACUAGUCAUUGCCUAUUUCAGUCGUAGUUUAUCAAAGGCUGAAAGGAACUACUGCGUCACGAGACGUGAGCUUCUGGCCGUUGUGGACGCCAUAAAACAUUCCACUAAUACUUAUAUGGACAAAGGUUUACCCUGAGUUACAUUCAGACCAGGGCCGAAACUUUGAAUCCAGAGUUUUUCAGGAGAUUUGCCGGACACUCUGAAUCGAAAAGACUCGCACCACGCCUAUACACCCCCAAUCGGAUGGAAUGGUGGAGCGAUUUAACAGAACUCUAGAACAACACCUAAUGAAGGUCGCCAGUGAACGAUAAGAUGACUGGGACACCUAUAUCCCAAUGUUCCUCAUGGCGUACAUAGCACCACAAAGAUGUUGUUUGGCCGAGAACUGCGAUUACCGUGUGACUUGCUAUUCGGGGUUCCAGGUGAUAAGCCAACUACUUCCACGGAGGACGUCACUAAUCUCCGAAAACGAAUGGAGGAAGCCCAUGCUCUGGCCCGCAGAAAUAUCAAGAUGACCAGUGACAAGAUGAAGAAAAGAUACGACAAACGGGCCAAUGCCACUGGGUUCCACGAGGACGAUCUGGUGUGGCUGUACAAUCCGCAGAGACGAAAGGGCAGGUCUCAAAAGCUUCAGAGAGACUGGGAAGGUCCAUACCGCAUCAUUAAAAGAAUCAACGACGUCGUGUACCGCAUUCAGAAAAGUCCAUGGUCUAAGCUGAAGGUCGUCCAUGUAGAUCGACUUCAUCACUACUGUGGCAGUACAGGUUCUGUUCGGGACGAACAGGUUUGAGAAGGGGGGGGGGAGCAGUGUUGUAACUCUAUUCCCGCACUGAGAUACAUGGUGCGCACUAGACACUGUUCCACACGAGCGUGGAACAAGAGAAAGGAGGAAAUGGAGACAUGAUAGUAAAUGCCGGCUUAUUUCGUUGAAUCAAACUAGAUCUAGAACAAAUUGACAUUCUGUGGUUUGUGUAUGUUAUUUAUUUAAUCAUUAAAUCCUUAUCUAUGUUAUCAUUAACCCGUUGAGUGUUUUCCUGGAAAUUUA